CGGCUCGGCAGCCGGCGGGACGCGGCGGCGGCGGCGGCGGCACCCUCGCUCCUUUGUGCUCAGGCGACGGGCUCUCGGGUCCCCGCCCGCGCGUCCUCUCGGCCAGCUAGCCCGCGCUCUCCGGUGACGGACCAUGUCGACGGCAGGAGCGGGCGCAGGCGUGGAGGCGGGCUUCUCCAGCGAGGAGCUGCUGUCGCUCCGCUUCCCGCUGCACCGCGCCUGCCGCGACGGGGACCUGGCCGCGCUCUGCUCGCUGCUGCAGCAGACGCCGCGCGCCCACCUGGCCGCCGAAGACUCCUUCUACGGCUGGACGCCCGUGCACUGGGCCGCGCACUUCGGCAAGUUGGAGUGCCUGAUCCAGUUGGUGAGAGCUGGGGCCACCCUGGAUGUGUCCACAACACGCUACGCACAGACCCCAGCCCACAUUGCCGCUUUCGGGGGACACCCUCACUGCCUCAUCUGGUUGAUCCAAGCCGGAGCCAGCAUUAACCAACCGGACUGUGAGGGCGAGACCCCCAUUCACAAGGCGGCCCGCUCUGGGAGCCUGGACUGCGUCAGCGCCCUGGUGGCUAACGGGGCUCACGUCGACCUGAGAAAUGCCAGUGGCCUGACUGCAGCAGACAUUGCUCAAACCCAGGGUUUCCGCGAGUGCACCCAGUUUCUCUUGAACCUGCAGAAUUGUCAUCUGAACCGUUUCUGUAAUAACGGCACCUUAAAUGGGGGCCACCAGAGCAUAUUUCCUAAUCUUACUAGUGUGGGAGCACAUCGCAAGAGAUGCCUGGAAGACCCGGAACCCUUUGGAGUGAAGAAGGCUAGGACCGAAGCUCCGAGCCCGGGCUACGGCGCGCCGCUGGAGAACGGUGAGACCGAAGACGAUGCGGACAAAAUGCUCGUCGACAGAGAGUGUGCUACCGUAACAGGUGUAUUUCUCGAUGCAGAUGUGAAAAACAGUAGCUCCGUGUUGAAUACAUUGACAAACGGAUGUGCCAUCAAUGGACACUUGGACUUCCCCUCCGCGGCACAGCUCAGUGGGAUGGAGAGCAGGAGUGACCCGUGCUUGACAGGAUCUAAUGGAAUUAGCAAUGGAUUAGUUCCAGAACGGCCUUUUCCCAGUAGCCAGGGCUCUGUCUCUGUUAAUGGGACCGAGGAAGCGGAAAGGACCGCGAGCGUGAACGCGGAGAUGUGCGGCUCGCUGCACCUGAACGGGAGCCCGAGCAGCUGCGUAGCUAGCAGGCCUUCCUGGGUGGGGGGCGUGGAGGAGAGCCUGCACUACGGCCACUACCACGGCUUUGGGGACACCGCGGAGAGCAUCCCCGAGCUCCCCAGCGGGGCGGGGCACCCCGGCUCCACCAAGGCGGGGGAGCGGCCCGGCGGCGGUGGCCUGGGGGCCAUGCACUUGUACCACGGCUCCUAGAGGCGCCCCCGCCCCCCCCCCCCCAGCCAAUCUGGUACCGAUGUAGCAUCGAUUCGAGGGAAUGCCACGACAUGUACUGUCGUUUUAUACUAUAGCUUUCUGAAAAAAAAAAAGCUUUAAUUUGGAAAGUUCCUCCUGAGUCCCUCUCGUGUGCACACGUAGGGCUUUUUCUUCCACGGAGCGGGGUGAGCCUCUUCUGGAGUUCAGUGUUUCUCCGGCCAGCCUCAGAGUUUUCUUUUUCAAUUGAUCGUCACCGUAAAUUGCCAUUAUUCCUUCAGUCAAAUUAAAUUCUAUCUGAUCAACAUAAAUUUGGGGCAGUAAAUGAGGUGUCUGGUGACGUAGCUCCUUACACACGGUCCUUUUGAAAAGCUUGCUUUUACUCUCUCCUGGAGAAUUUAUGACAGCAGACAGCUCUUUCCCUAUGCAAAGGACAGCCUUAUAAAGAUUUCUUGAAGAAAAGAACAUUUGUCUUUUUCAAAGUCUUUUUACGGAAACUUUGCAACUUGCCACGUGGUGAGGCCGUGCUUAGAGGCACACGGUGGUUCGGGGGUGUGAGCGGCCCCCCUCUUUAAAGCUGUAGCUCGCUGCCCUGGGUUUCAUUGAAAACGUGCAGCCCGGGACUGACCUGUGAUAUUAUUCUGCUUUUCCUGCUUUGUCUCUACACUUUUUUACCACAGAUAACGGUUCCCUUUAUAUGUAGUGGAAAUUACCGUUUGUAGGAACUGCCAGGUCAGAAUGUUUAACUGACUUUUGACUUAUAUUUUCUUUUCUCCCUCAUUUUUGUUUUUUGGGGUUUUCUGCUUUAAAAUGUAUACCACUAUGUAUAUCCACUCCACUGGGAGAAUUUUGGAUCUCUCUUAAUAAAACUGCACUAAGUUUAUGGUUUUAUAGAAAUUAGCUUUUGUUAGGCAACUAGUGGUCACACUGUGCAAAUAUCGUAAUGAAUUUUUACUUUUCUGAUUUUUGUAAUGAAAAUUGGUGAAGGUAGAGAAAAUGUCAGAUGAACAAACCAAUGUUCUAAGAGUGCUACUAACAUGUUGUUUUUAAACUGUCCUUUACACAUUGAAUAAAAAACUCUCACACUCGA